AUGGAUACAGGCGAACGUCUCGGACCACCUCUCACUGCUCUUAUCGACACAUUCGUCUCUGUAGCGGGUGGAUUGUUCAGGCAGCGAUACGAAGGUCGACACAUAUUCUCGAUCUACUCCCCUCAAGAUGAUAAAGUUGGUUUCAAGACUGCAUGUGGACAACUGGCAUCGUCGAUUGCCGGAGCUGAUCGGGAAUUCCAAGAAAGCGGCAAUCACGACCAAGUCAUGGCGAAUACGAUUGGCCUUCAGUCGAAGUUGAUCAGAUCACACACUCCUUAA